UGUAUAAAUACCGAGUUGCAUCGAUACUGCAUCCACAUUUAUCAUUGCUUUUGCGAGUAUACCGAUUCGUUCUCAGCAGCGCUAAGCAGACCUAAUCCAGAAAUAUCGAGAUGAAGUUCUUCCUCGCUUUUUCCGCUCUCGUCGCCGUUGCUCUGGCUAAGCCGGGUUUCCUCAACGGAUUGAACGGACAUGUCGCCGUCCCGGCUCCCCUGGGCCACGUUCACGUACUCCCUGGCGCUCCGAUCGGCGUUGACGGCCGCGUGGUCGACACCCCCGAGGUGGCUCACGCCAAAGCCGAACACGCCGCGGCGCACAUCAACGAGAAAGUCACCCUCGCCAACGAGGCCGUAAAUUCGGCCGAUCACGUCGUCGUUCACGCCGCCGCUGCCGCCGCCGCUACCGGACACGCCUACCACAGAUAUUUCUACUGAUAUUGAAAAUUUAACGAAAUUUUGUAAACUUUUUCGAUUUCCCACCCCCGACCAUCGAGAUGCAAUAAAUUUCAUACCAA